AUGCCUACCUCCAGCCCAUACCCAUCCCUCGACAUCCCGGACGUCGGUCUGUUCCAGUUCCUGUUCGAACGGAAGGAUCGCGAGUUCCCAGACGACAAAGUCCUCUACGUCGAUCCCGAUUCAAAUCGUUCCUACACCUUCAAACAAGUCAAGGACACUGCCAUUGACUUUGGCAAGGGUCUCAAAGGUCUCUGGGAUUGGCAGAAAGGCGAUGUCCUCGCCCUCUACACGCCGAACUGUAUCGAUACUCCCGCCGUGACAUGGGGAACGCAUUGGGCGGGCGGCAUCGUGUCGCCAGCGAACCCGGGGUACACAGAAGAGGAGCUGGCAUAUCAACUGAAGGAUAGCGGAGCGAAGGCACUUCUCACGCAGCUUCCGUUUGUGGAUGUUGCUUUGAAGGCUUGUAAGAAGGUGGGCAUACCGCAGGAUCGCAUCGCGUUGAUUGGAGACGCUCGCGAUCCGGAGGGGAGGUAUAAGCACUUCACGUCUGUGAGGAAUAUCUCGGGCACGCAACGGUUUAGAAGAGCAAAGGUCAACCCAGACAAAGACCUUGCGUUUUUGGUGUACUCCAGUGGAACAACUGGUUUGCCAAAGGGUGUCAUGCUGAGCCACCGGAACAUCGUUGCCAACACCCUUCAGAUCACAGUCGGCGAGGAGCCGCUUUCGUGGAAACCGAGCAAAGAGAGUCCAGAUGGAGACGCAAUCCUGGCAUUCUUGCCGUUCUUCCACAUUUACGGAUUGACAUGCCUGAUCCAUCAAACCGCAUAUCGUGGAUUCAAGUGCGUUGUCAUGCCCAAGUUCGACAUCGAAGCUUGGUGUAAGAUUGUCCAAAACCACAAGAUCACCAUGUCGUAUGUCGUCCCGCCUGUCGUUCUCCUCCUCACAAAGCAUCCGAUUGUCGACAAGUACAACCUGAAGUCGCUGCGAAUGAUGAACUCAGGUGCAGCGCCGCUCACACGAGAACUGGUCGAGGCAACAUACAAACGAAUCAGGGUGCCCAUCAAGCAAGGCUACGGCCUUUCAGAGACCAGCCCAACGACACAUACUCAGCCAUGGGACCGCUGGCAGAGCACUAUUGGCAGUGUCGGCAUUCUUCUCCCGAACAUUACCGCCAAGUACAUGUCCGCUGAGGAGAAGGAGCUGCCGAAAGGAGAGGUUGGCGAGUUGUGGUUGAAGGGACCGAAUGUAUUCAAGGGCUACUUGAAUAAUGUCGAAGGCACCAAGAAUGCGCUCACCGAUGAUGACUAUUUCAAGACUGGAGACGUUGGGUAUCAGGAUAAGGAUGGCAACUUUUACAUCACCGAUCGUGUGAAGGAACUCAUCAAGUACAAGGGCUUCCAAGUGCCACCAGCAGAACUCGAAGGUCUCCUAGCCUCCCACGACAAGAUCGACGACGUCGCAGUACUAGGCGUCCAACGCGAAGAUCUGGCAACCGAAGUGCCCCUCGCCUUCGUCGUUCCAAAACAAGGCAUCGACGCCAGUCCAUCUCUAGAGAAGGAAAUCGUCGACUGGCUCGCGGCCAAGGUCGCGAAUCACAAACGACUCAGGGGCGGUGUGAAGUUCACGCAGGAGAUUCCAAAGAGUGCGAGCGGGAAGAUCUUGAGAAGGCUGUUGAAGACGAAGUAUCAAGAGGAGGUGGCGAAGGGUGCGGCGAAGGCGAAGUUGUAG